AUGUUUCAAAAAGGAUUAAAAGAAACAAAACCUGGAGAAUUACCAAUGUUAGGUAAAGAGUUUGUUAAUAGUUUACAAUUUUUAAAAAUGGCAUCUCAAUAUAUUGGUAAUUAUGAUAAUUAUAUGAAAAAAUUAACUGAAAUUACUCAAAAAGAUUCUUCUAUUGAAAAAAGUGUUAAGAAGGCAAAAGAAAAAUUUAUUAAUGAACAUAAAGAUGAAAAUAUUACUAUAGGAUCAAUUCAACCAUUAACAUUUUAUCUUAUUACACCUAUUCAACGUAUUCCAAGAUAUGAAUUACUUAUUAGAGAUAUGUUAAAAGAUGUUGGAAGAGAUUUUCCAGAUUUAGAACAAUUAAAGAAAGCUUAUUUACAAGCAAAAGAAUCAGGUAAAGGAGUUAAUCAAGUUAAGAUGCAAUUAGAAGAAAACGAAAAAUAUACAAUGGUAAGAGAUAUAAUUAAAGGUGAAUUAAAAAUAAAAGACGAAGUUUUUAGAAAAUUUAUUUGUUGUGGACCAAUGUACUUUAUUGAAAAUGUUAAUACACCACCAUCUAAAUUAAUGUAUAUCUUUUUAUUCAAUGAUGUUCUUCUUGAAACAAAACCAUUAAAAAUUGCAGGAAAAUCAGUUAAAACAUAUGAAUUUGAAUUAAUUAGAGAAUUACCAUUUACAUUAGGUGCAUGUACAUUUAAACCAAUUAAUGAUACAAGUGAAGUAAAAAAUUUAUUUUCUAUUUUAUUAAGAGAAUAUAAAGUUAUUAGAAAUGUUGAAAAAGAUUUUCCAACAUUAGCAAAAUAUUCUACCUUUACACAAGAAGAAAAAGAAGCAUGGAAAUCAAUUAUUUAUGAUCAAUUUAGAUAUGUAGAUGAAAUAAUAGAAAAUAAAGAAAAAGCUCAAAAAAGUAAAGGGGAUAUUGUUACUUCUGAAUUGUCUAGAUUAGAACAUAUGAGACACGUUUCUUCUACAGCGUCUUGUAUUGGUAGUAAUGAUUCAAGUGCAUCUAAUACAGAAUCUUCAAAAAGAAUAUCAGAUGCAUCAUCAGUUUCUACUAAUUCAUCAUCAGGAACAUCAAUUAUUGGAACAACAAAAGUAAAUAGUAGUAUUGUUCCGUUAAUAUCAUCAAAUGAAAAAAAUAAAAAUUUACAACAAUUUAGUAUUCAAUAUAUAUCUGAUACUCCAGGCAAUUUAGUAACAUCAGGUAAUGUUAUUAGUAGUAUAUGUAAAACAUUAUCUGAUUUAGAAAAUCAACAUAAAACUGGAAGUGAUGAACAAUUAUUUAAAUCAAUAGAUGAAAGAACAAUGACGGAAAAAAAUAACGAACAUUAUAAAAUGGUUGUUCAUGAAAUGACUGAAACAGAAAGAAUACAUAUUAAAGGACUAGAAAUUUUAAAAGAAGUUUAUUUAUUUCCCAUUACUAAAUCAACUAAUUCAGAAAGUGUUACUUUUGUUAAAGGAAUAAUUUCUCAAAUAGAAAUUAUUAUUGGAGUUCAUAAAAAAUUUUUAAAAAUGAUGGAAGAAGGAGAAAAGACAUCAAAUGAAGGAGAACUACCAAUGUUAGGAGCUAAUUUUGUAAAAAAUAUUCAAUUCUUAAAAAUGGCUGCUACAUAUAUUUCAAAAUAUUCCAGUUAUCUUGAAGGUUUAACUGAGAUUAUGAAUAAAGAAAAAGAUGUUGUAAAGGCACAGAAUAAAGCUAAACAAGAAUAUAGUAAAUCACAUAAUAAUUGUAAAAUUGAAUUAAUGUCAUUUUAUCUUAUUACACCUAUUCAACGUAUUCCAAGAUAUGAAUUACUUAUUAGAGAUAUGUUAAAAGAUGUUGGAAGAGAUUUUCCAGAUUUAGAACAAUUAAAGAAAGCUUAUUUAGAUGCUAAAGAAUCAGGUAGAGGUGUUAAUCAAACUAGAAUGCAAUUAGAAGAAAAUGAAAAAGUGUCACUCAUUCAUCAAGUUAUAAGUGAUUUUCCAGAACUUCCUAAUUCAUCAGCUCGUAAAUUUAUUUGUUGUGGACCAGUAUUUGCUAUUCAAAAUAUGAACGAUUUUCCAAGUAAUAUUGUUUACUUAUUUUUAUUUAAUGAUAUUAUUGUAGAAACUAAAGUAAUUCGUUUUAAUGGUGUUAAAAUUAAAGAAGAACAAGGAGUUUUUGAUCCAGUGUUAUUUAAAGAAUUGACUGAGUUAAAGGAUUUUGAAGACUUACAUAAUAUUAAAUUUGUAUUCUCUAAAGUUUACUACCUCCAAACACAAUCUAAAGUUAUGCCACAAGGAGAUAGUUCUAUGGUAAAACAUGUCAUGAUGUUACUUGCAUUUGAAACCCCACAAAAAGAAGCUGAAAAAACACCAUUUGCUUUAAUCAAAUAUGCUGCACCAACAGAUGAACAAAAAGAAGUUUGGAAAUCAAUUAUAAAUGAUCAAAUAGAAGCAAUUAAAGGUAGAGAAGAAAAGAAAAAGAAAGCACAAAUACAAUUAAAUGAAAAUAUUUCUGAAUCUGUUAGUACUCCUGAGAAGAGUUAUUCUCAUAUAUAUGACAGACUAACAAUCAAAUAUAAAGCUAAAGAAGUUGGGUCAUUAGUUACUUGUUCUGGACCUAUUGUUACUGUAGCUAAAAUAUUACAAGAUAAUUUUGAUCAUCCCAAAACAAACAUUGAAGCAUUCUUUAAAAAGAUUGAAGAGAGAGAAAUGACUCCAGAAGAUGAAAGGUGUUACGUUAAUGUUAUUCAAGAAUUAGAAAAUGGAGAAAGAGAUCAUCUUAUGAAUUUAAGAACACUAAAAGAAGUUUAUUUAAGUCCAAUAAUAAAAUUAGUCAAUAAAGAACAUGUUACAACAAUAAAUGAAAUAAUUCAACAAAUUGAUGUAAUGAUGAAUAUCCAUCAGAAUUUCUUAGACACUUUUGUUAAAAGUAAAAAAACACAACAAGGAAUACCUGGAAUUGGUUCAGAGUUUGUUAAAAAUAUUCAAUUUUUAAAAAUGGAGGCAACAUUUGUUAAUAAUUUUAAUACAUACCAACAUGUAUUAGAUGAAGUUUGUAAAGAUUCAUCUAUUAUAAAAGCACAAAAUAAAGCUAAAGAACCAUUUAUGCAACAAACAUUAGAAACUGAAAUUCAUCCAUUAAUGUUUUAUCUUAAUCGUCCACUUGUUCAAACACCAAAAUAUGAAUCAUUAAUUAAAACAAUGUUAACUCAUGUAGGAAAAGGAUUUUUUGAAUUAGAAUUAUUAAAGAAAGCAUAUUUAGAUUCAGUAAAAUGUUCAGACAGUGUAAAUAUGAUGAAAAUAAGAAUUGAAGAAAGUGAAAAAUAUCUAAUGAUAAGAAAAACAAUUAUAGGACUAUUUAGCAAUGACACUAUUAUUACUCGUAAAUUUCUUUGUUGUGGACCAUUAUUUAUUGUAGAAAAAGUUACAGAAAUACCACAAAAAUGGAUGUAUUGCUUUUUGUUUAAUGAUAGAUUAGUUGAAACAAUGCCAAUUAGUAUUGAUAACAAACCAAUUAAAGAUUUUGUUGAUGCAUUUGCAAAAUUAAGAAAUAUGAAAAAAGUAGAAGAGUUAAGUAAUUGGCAAUUUGAAAUAAUAAAAGAAUGUAUAUUUAAUACAGAAACAUAUGUUGAAUAUUGUUCACAUGAAAAUGUAUGUAAAAAUCUUGUAAAUUUAAAGAUAUCUCAAAUUCCAUAUAAAUUUUCAUGUUCUACUUUGUUAGAAUCUGAUACUUGGAAUUCUAUUAUUUUUGACCAAGUUGAAAGAAUCAAAAGUAUUGCCCAAACAAAAAGAAAUAGAAGAAAUGCUGGACUAGACUUUGAAAUUGGACUUCAUAAGAAACCAUUAAAUUCAUCAAUUAUUUCUAUUAGUAGAACUCGAUCGACUGAUACUUGUGAAGAUUUUAAAUUAAAUACCAAUAAUCUAGAAAUUAAAGUUCCUUCUCGAGAGUCUCCUUCUUCUACACCUCGAAGAGCUCGUAGGGGAAAUGAAGAUGAUAGAAUGAAAGAAUUACAACGUCUUCAACAAGAACAAUUGAUUGAAAAGAAUGGAGAUAAAAAGAAGAAAGAAAAAGAUAAAAAGAAAAAGUGA